AUGACCAUAGUUUUGAGGUAUGUCGACAACCGUGGAGUGGUGAAGGAAAGAUUCAUUGGAGUGGUGCACGUGAAGGAUACAUCCUCUUUGACUCUUAAAGCAGCCAUAGAUGACGUUUUUACCCGUAACAAUUUGAGUAUGUCUCAGGUAAGAGGACAAGGUUACGAUGGGGCAAGCAAUAUGCGUGGUGCAUUUAAUGGUUUAAAAGCUUUGAUUUUACAAGAUAAUGAUUCAGCGCAUUAUGUGCAUUGCUUUGCACACCAACUUCAGUUAGUUAUUGUGGGUGUAGCAAAGAAGCAUGAUGGUGUUGAUGAUUUUUUUGAGCAACUUUCUUUGGUGGUUAAUGUGGUAGGUGGUUCAUGUAAAAGACAAGACAUGCUACGGGAAAGUCAAAGAGAAAGGGUGCAAAUGUCAAUUGGAAAUGGUGAACUUGAAAUUGGAAGGGGGUUAAACCAAGAGAGCUCUCUUAUUCGAGCAGGAGAUACAAGAUGGGGUUCACAUUUCAAAACCAUCACAAGUUUGAUGAACUUAUUUCCGGAGGUUCGUCAUGUUCUUGCUUAUGUCGAAGAGGAAGGAUCCACUUUAAGUAACCAAAAUCAAGCAUUUGGUAUCUUAAAAUAUUUCAAGACGUUAGAUUUUGUGUUUUACUUACAUUUGAUGUAUGAAAUUUUACACCUCACGAACGUAUUGUCAAAGCAUCUUCAAAAAAAGGAUCAAGAUAUUUUAGAAGCGGCUUCUUUGGUUAGAGGGACAAUGGACGCAUUGAAGUCUUUAAGAGACACGGGGUUUGCUAAACUUUUAUCGAAGGUAUUCUCUUUUUGUCAAAAACAUGAUAUUAAUAUUGUGGAGAUGACGGAAAAUUAUGUCACAUCAAGAGGCCGUAAGACUAAAGUUACUAAUCAAUUUCAUUUUGAAGUUGAAAUUUUCAACACCGUCAUGGAUAUGCAAAUUAUAGAAUUCGGGGACCGAUUUAGUGAACUUAGCACCCAAUUACUAGAAUACAUGGGGGCUUUGAGUCCUUGUGAUUCAUUUGUUAAAUUUAACAAAACAAAAUUGUUAAAGUUGAGUGAGUUAUACACAAAAGAUUUUGAUGAUGCGGAGAGGAUGCAACUUGAUGGUGAACUUGAAAUAUAUUAUCACGCUUUGCAUAAAGAUGACCGGUUCACUAGUUUUCAAGGAAUUUCCGACCUUUCUCGUUUGAUGGUGGAAACGGGGAAACAUCGGUCUUAUCCUAUGGUUUAUAGGUUGUUGAAGUUGGUUUUGGUUUUACCCGUUGCAACCGCAACAGUUGAAAGAUGUUUUUCAGCGAUGAAGUUUUUGAAGACGGAUUUGCGUAACAAAAUAGGUGAUGGUUUUUUGAACGAUGCCAUGAUUUCUUAUGUUGAAAAAGAAGCACUUAUGAAAGUGAAGAUCGAAGAUGUAAUGGAUCGGUUUCAAAAAAUGUGUACCCGUAGAUGUCAAAUUUAG